AUGCCGCCUCUAUCGUCGAGACUAAACAUUCGAAACUUGGAAAACUCCGAUCCCCAGAUUGCUGACACUUCAAAGACUUCGUCCAACGGCUCCAGCGACUCAGAGGUGAAGAACUCGCUGUACCCAAUCCAUAAACGUAAGGAACUUUGCGGCAGAGAGCUGUCGAACGACGCCUCUAACGAAACGAGCGACUCUGACAAAGCUCUCCCCCACUCCGGUGCUCCCUCUGCUGUGCUGGACGAGCCAGCUCCGGCGGAUGUUGAUGCCCGAGGCUACGAGGAAGACGAGGAGAACGCUGACGAAGAAAACAGCACUAACAACCUCGUCAAUAAGGACUCCAAGCCCACGAAGAAGGAAAAGAAGUUCUUCUGCAAGAUCUGCAAUCAGGGCUUCACCCGAAAACACAACAUGGUAUCGCAUGAACUUAUUCACCUGAGCUCGAAGCCUCAUGUGUGUACGGUGUGUGACCUCUCCUUUAGACGGAUCCAUGAUUUGAAGCGCCACGAGAAACUUCAUCUGGGGGAGAAGCCCUUUCACUGUGAAAAGUGCAAUCGCAGGUUCGCUCGUACUGAUGCACUUACCCGCCACUUGAACUCGCCAAACGCUUGUCCUGGAAGACCUUCGCUGAGCCGGGCUUCUCUGAAGAGCAACGCUCAUUCUGGCCAAGCGAAAACAGAAUCGUCGGAUUCAGCGGUGAAACCUUCGAUUAAGUCAUCUGGCUCGUUUUCGACGUCGCUGAUUCCACCUGACGUGAACUCCUUGAAGGCUGCUACGUCGAAUGAAACGACGCCGACAGAAAUGAAAUCGGGCUCUGACAAUUCAGGCUCGAUGAAAACACAGCCCUACACAGGCGCCACCAGGAGCCUCAGCGACUCGCUGGGCAGUCUUUCGGACACUAUAAAGAAUUCUAAUUACGAUUUGAACCGGUGGAGAGCUUACCAGCAUCAGCAAGGCUCAGCCACACCGACCCACAAACUUCCAUAUAAUACGACCACUACGACGACAACGACAACCACGACAACAGAGGGCAAGCUGCAUGAGGAGAAGAAUCUUUCGGGGGGAAUGUAUCACCGUGUUCGUCACCACAGCACACAUGAAAACGAUCAACUCCCUAAUAACGAGUCCUUACCAUACAAUACUCAACCUCCUCCACACCAUUACCACCAUCAUUACCAUCAUCAUCAUCAUCAUGACGACGAAAGAUCAUCUAAUGAAGGCAACCUGUCCAACGCACCUGGACUGUGGAGCUUAGGCUCGGACCGUGAGUAUCGUCCUGAUGGUGGAUAUAGAAAACAUGACGACUACUACCCCAAGGACAUAAGAGUUCGGAGGGAAUCUAGAUCCUCUCCUCCUACACGGAGCGUCACAUACAAUCCAGCGCCCAAUAAGUCUCCCUAUGGUCCACAGGCUCCACCAUCAACACAGCCUGCUCCACACCCACAAGCUUCUCAGUACAUGAUGCAACAGAGACCGCCGGAGAAUCAUUAUAACCAGCAGUUUUACAUUGUGUCGUAUCAAGACGGGCCGCACGCUUCACCAAUGGGCAUGAGAGUUCCUUUCAUGGGCAACAACCCAGGUCAAUCGGAGGCUGCUCCUCCCUUGCCUGGCUGGAGCCCACAACACUCGAAGCCCGAGACGCCAUUGGCGGGAGAGGGUCCUUCUGGGUCACAAAGCGAUGGUUGGGUCUCGCGGCCGACGCUUCCGAUGAGAUCGGAGAAGUUUGUGCCCAUAAGCAAGUAUAAUGAUCUUGUCACAUACACAAGUCAACUACAGGACUCGCUUGCUAGCAUGGAUAGCAGACUCAAGUUGUUGGAGGGAGGUAACAGCCAAGGCCAGAAGAGAGAGGAGCCAUUAGAAUCGGAGAAGCCCACCAAAAAGAAGAGCAAAGGGAAUUAG